AUGACGUGCCAGCGCCGCUCUGGCCGCGCUCGUGAUGCGUCCUCCCCCGCGGGAGACCGCGACGGCACCGAGGAGGCCCGCAGCGGCCGCGCGGCGCCACGCGAGGCGUCCCAGGUCCUCGCUGCAGUGGUCCACGGCCGGUGCAACGUGCUGCUGCCCUUCACGUGCGACUGCCAGAAGAAGCAGUGCCCGAGGCCCGCGACGCACGGCACGCGGUGCGGCAUGCACACGCACGAGAAGAUGGCCGCUCGAUUGCAGAUGUUACAGGAGCGUGCGCACUCGGUGCCGCCCGGCGCGUCGCCGACCGCGUACUUCCGGCGCAUGGGCGAGCUGAGCCGCCGGCGCCGCGAGGCCGCGGCCGGCCGGACCGCGCCGGGCUCGAACGACGCGGCCGCGGCGAAGGAGCAACAGAAAAAGAAGACGCCGCACGUGCCGCACCAACGGACGCGCCCGGGGCAGCGGGCGUCGAGCCCGACGGCGAGAGGGGAGGCGCCGCAGCGGGCGCGGCGGCCCGGCGCGUCCUGGGCGACGCAGGCCGGGCAGCGCGGGGCGCAGAGCACCGCAGCCGCGCUGCCUGCCCUGGACGUUGCGGCGCUGCAAGUGACGCCGCGGCCGACGCCGGAGGACCAGGCGCGGGCCGGCGGGGAGCAGCUGGCGCGCAGCGCGCCGCUGCGGGACCCGGCGCCGGGGCCGUCGUUUCCGCCGGGGUUCGUGUACGUGAACUGCGACGGCGUGCUGGGGGGGGUGUUGGCGGGCGGGGGGGGAGUCGGAGAGGUGCGGGCGGCGCUGCUGCGGGCGCUGCCGCGGAGGACGGCGCUGCAGGACAGGAAGUCCGGGAACGACAAGGUCAUCCAGGCGCUGCAGGACCUCGACCCCAGGCUCCCGAAGCGCUUGUCCGCGCUGGAGGGGCGGCUGGGCGACCUCAAACGCGCCGCGGAGUCGCGGGAGGGCUCCGCGGAGCCAGACGCGGACCUCGCGGCGCAGAUCGCGGACGUGGAGGCACAGCACAAGGCGCUCUCCGCGUACCUCAAGUGGACGCGGAAGGUCCGUCACCACCUGGCGUGCGUUCCGGACCUUGCCACGCUGUCCGGGAUCGACCCCACCGGCGACCUCUGGGCCACGGGGCACCUGAACGCGCUCAAGCGGUGCCACCAGUGCCGCACGCUCCACGUCGCGUCCUACUGCUCCACGCCCACGUGCACCACCUCGUACUGCGGCGCGUGUCUUGCAAUUUUCUACCCAGGAUGGUCGCACGACAGCGUCGACGAGCGCUGCCUGGCGUGCCGCGGCGUGUGCAACUGCGUGAGCUGCCUGCGCGCGUACACCGCGACCGCGCACGACGGCGCCGCGCGCCCGACGCUCCGGGAGGUGCUCGCCGCGGAGCAGCACCGCGAGUACGCGUCAUACUUGGUCAGACUCACGCGGCCGGUGCUGGGGGGCCUCCUGGAUGCGCAGCGCGCCGCGCUCCCGGACGGCGUGCGCCUGGAGAGCGUGCCGCUCGUGCGGCUGGACGGUGAGCGGCUCUCGUGCGACAGGUGCCGCGGGUCGAUUUCGUGCCUGCUGUACACGUGUGCGGCGUGUGCGGACGACAGCGGCGGGGCGUUCGCGCCGGGCGUCGACGCGGUGACGCUGUGCCCGGCGUGCUGCGCGAAGGGCGUGCCGGCGGCGGGCGGCACGCCGUGCAACGGGUGUGGCAAGACGCGCCGCGCGUUCACGCCUGCGCGGCUGCUCGACGACGGCGAGCUCGCGGAGCUCGACGCGGUGGUCGCGGAGGAGCGCCCGGGCGACGCGCGGGGCCGGCAGUGGCGCUGGCUCCGCCCGGUAGCGUAUCCGGCGUGGUCGCCGUACGCGACCGGCAGCAUCGCGGACGCCGACGCCCGGUGCCGCGCGGUCUGGGAGCGCCUGCGGAGCGUUGGGCCCGCGGUUGACGGGGCAUGCGCCGCCGAGCGCUGCGCGGACGCCACACAGCCCGUGUGCGCCCCCACCGACGCGGCGACCCCCCCCGCAGAUGUCCCCGAGCCGGCGGACGCCGACGGGGCGGCGCAGGGCAGCCCUGGAGGCGAAGCACGCGGCGCGGACGAGCCCCGGCGCGCGCCGGAGGCCGCGGCGGAGGCGUCGUCCGAAGAUUCGGCUACGUUGCUGCGGAUGCUGCCCCCGGGCCGUGACCCCGCGGAGCACCGCCUGUGCGCGCUGCGCGGCGUCGGCGACCGCGGCAGCGCCGCGCAGGGCUCGGACAACUUCUUGUUCUGUCCGGACGCGUCCGAACUGGACCUCUUUCACCACAACAGGCAGCGCGCGGUGGCGAUCUUCCAGGAGGAGCACGCCGCGGGGCGCCCGGUGAUCGUGCGCGGCGUGCGCGCCGCGAUGAGCUGGGCGCCGGCGACGUUCGGGCGCGGAAUGACGCAGGCGGCCGCCGGCGACGCCAGCGACGCGGCGGAGGACCACCGCGUGGCGGUGCUCGAUUGCGCGACGUGGGAGGCCGCGGAGGAGGACGAGUGGGACUUCUUCGCGCAGUACGUGAAGAACGACCCCGCGGGGCCGAUGCACAAGGUCAAGGACUACCCGCCCGGGCGCCCCUUCAGCACAGUGUUCCCGCGGCACUACCAAGACUUCGUAGAGAGUCUCCCGAUGCCGGAAUACACCCACCCGGAGCACGGCCCCCUCAACAUGUACUGCGCGCUCCCGCAGCAGUUCCUGCCCCCCGACAUCGGCCCGAAGACGUACAUCGCGUUCGGGCGCCCACCGGAGGCGCAGACGGCGCCGCCCGCCGGGGGCGUGGAGACGGCGCUCCGCGGGCGCGUGCGCGCCGGAACGAUCGCGCGCGUGCCCGAGCGCGUGCACGUCGACGGGGACUCCGUCACCAAGCUGCACCUCGACAUGGCCGACGCGGUGAACGUGCUGAUGCACUGCCAGCUGUCGGCGGACGGAUCGGACAAGAAGACCGUGCCGGAGCCGCGCGUGGGCGCGCGCACGGUGCGGGACCGGACGACGUUCGACGGCGCGGGCGCCGUCUGGGACAUAUUCCGGCGGGAAGACGUCCCAAAGCUGAAGGAGUAUAUCGCAGCGAAUGUCGACACCUUCACGCACGGCGGCCGCCCCGCGUCGCGCGCGUUCGUGGACGCCCCGGGCGGCGCCGGGAGCGGCGACGCGGUGCUCAACCAGCACUGCAUGCUCGUGGACGAGGACCGGCGGCGCUUGCAAGAGGAGUUCGGCGUUGAGCCGUGGACCAUCGAACAGUACCUGGGAGAGGCCAUCUUCGUUCCCGCUGGCUGUCCGCAUCAGGUGCGCAACCUGAGAUCUUGUUUGAAGAUUGCCGUGGACUUCGUGUCCCCCGAGUCCGCGGCGGCGUGCCACGACGUCGCGCGGCAGCUGCGCAGCACCUUCCCGGGCGGCACGCGCGCCAUCGACCACGAGGGCCUCUGCGUCGAGACCGGCCUUGACCUGUGGCGCGAAGACAAGCUCCAGGGAGAACUCAUCACUUACAAAGCCAUAAUUGACAGCCGGCGGAGGCUCAAGGGCAGCGGGACGCCGCCGCCGCCGCCGCCCGAGGGCGCGGAGGAGCCGCGCGUCCGCGCGACGGUGCCGGACUCGGAGGCGUCUGAGGACGAGGGGGUCGUGCGCUGGACUGACUGA